AUGUCGCUAAUAGAUUCAAGAAAAAGACCAAGAUCUUCUUUUAGUGAUUGGAAUAAUUUAAUUAAAAAAAAAUUUAUUAAUGAAGAUCAGAAUAAUCAAGAUCAAGAUUUAAAUGAUUUAAUUGAUAAAGAUAAUUCAAGUAUUGUUAUAUUAGAUUCUGAUGAUGAAAAUUAUGAAUUUAAUGAUAAAUCAAAUGAGGGUGAUGAAAACAAUAACAAUAAUAAUGAUGAUAAUGAAUCAAUAGUUAUAUUAAAAGAAGAACAAAAUAAUUAUCAAGAUCCAAAUUUCCAAUCAAACUUCCAAUUUGGUGAUUUUAAUAAUUAUCAAGGUUUCCAACAAGGUUUCCAAUAUAAUGAUAUGGCUAUUGAUGAUGAUUUAGAUUUAAAUUCAACAACAAAUGAAGAUGAUGGUCAAUUAUUAGCAAAUUUAUUGAAAAAUGAAAACCUAAAUGGUAAUAAUGGUAACCAUAGUCACCAAGGGUCUUUAAACAAUCCUCAUGAAGGUAUUCAAGUUGGUGUUAAAAAAAGAAGAACAAAUUCUUUACCUCAAUUACCUUUAUCACAAAUUUCUUAUAGAAGAGUUUCUGAAUUAAUUAAAAUUGGUGAAAUUAAACCAAAUUUAAUCCUUUCAAAUAAUAAUUCUGAAAUUUUACCAAUUAAUAUCCCAUCUUCUUCAAAUACCACAGGCAAUUUCUCUUCAUCAUCAUCAUCAAAUUCUUUCCAAUCUAAUAAUAAUAUCCAUUAUCAAAGUUCAAAUACAACAUCUCCAUUAUCACCAAUUUCUAAAAAUUCAAAACCAAAAAAUAUAACUGAUAAAGAUGGUUAUUAUAUUGUUAAACCUGGUGAAUUUUUUGCAAAUGGUAGAUUUAAAAUCUUAAGUUUAUUAGGUCAAGGAACUUUUGGUAAAGUUAUAAAAGCUAUUGAUUUCCAAAAUAAUAAUGAAACCGUGGCAAUUAAAAUCAUUAGAGCUAUACCAAAAUAUAGAGAAGCUUCCAAGAUUGAAUUAAGAAUUUUAACAACUUUAAAAAAUGCUGACCCGGAAAAUUUAAAUAAUUGUAUCCACUUAAGAGAAGUCUUGGAUUAUGAAAAUCAUAUUUGUAUUAUAACUGAUCUUUUGGAUAUAAGUCUAUUUGAAUUUUUAGAACAAAAUAAAUUUAAACCAUUCCCAGGUUCUCAAAUUCAAGCUAUAGCAAGACAAUUAAUUAGAUCAAUUGCAUUUUUACAUGAUUUAAAAUUAAUUCAUACUGAUUUAAAACCUGAAAAUAUUUUGUUAACAAAUUCAGAUUUUUUAAAAUUUAAAAAAAAUAAAAUUUUGAAAAAUCCAUUAAUUAAUGUUAUUGAUUUUGGUAGUGCAAUUUUCAAUGAUGAAUAUCAUAGUGAAUUAGUUUCAACAAGACAUUAUAGAGCUCCAGAAAUUGUUUUAGGAAUUGGUUGGUCUUUCCCUUGUGAUCUUUGGUCUUUAGGUUGUAUCUUGAUGGAAUUAGUAACUGGUGAAGCUUUAUUCAAAACUCAUGAAAAUUUAGAACAUUUAGCUAUAAUGGAAAAAAUUCUUGAUGAACGUAUACCAAAUUCAAUUAUAAAAAAAAUUAAAAAUCAAGAAAUUUUGAAAUAUUUCAAGAAAACUAAUUAUUCAAAUCAUCAAUCUAUUUUAAAUUAUCCAAAUCAAGAAACUUUAUCAAAAUCAAUUGAUUUUGUUUCAAAUUUAAAAAAAAUUGAUGAUUUAAUUUGUUCCAAAAUAAAAUUAAAAAUUUCAAUAAAUUCAAAAGAAUCUCUAAAAAAAAAUUGGGAAAAAAAUCAUUCAAAAAAUAAAUCAUUAAAUUAUGAAACUUUUCAAUUUUGGUUUUAUUUUAUUGAUUUAAUUAAAAAUUUAUUAAAAUUUGAUCCAAAUCAAAGAAUUAGUGCUAUUGAAGCUAUGAAUCAUCCUUGGUGGGAUUUUGGUACUAUUGAUGAAGCAACAAGUUCAUUAUUAUGA